CUCGGUGGGAUAGCUUGGAUUUAUUAUGUCCGUCGAUGUUUUGUUUAAAAUUACUCAUGCAGCUGUAGCUAAUCUUGAUGGUAUUUCUGUUGAAUAUCUUGUGUAAGAUAUGGCCUGCGGGAAAUUCCUCGUCUGAAUCUUUAAAAAGGUCUGACCAAUAUUAGUAGCGACAUUUUUGCUGAACGGUGGGUUGUACCAGGUUAUAUUUCGUUUCCGACUCCUUGAGUUGAUGGUGUUUUGGGAUGUCGGAGGUUGUUGGUAUUUCAAUUUAUGUCGAUAACCGCUCUUUGUUAGGGCUUCUUGAUAUAAUGGCACUGCACGCUGAAACGAGUCUUCAUCAGAUGAAAUUUCAGAAAGGCGCUUGUUGAUCGCUGCUGGUAUGUUGUCUAGUAUUUUGGGUGGAUGGUUUGAUUUGUUGUGGACGUAAAGUGGAAUAUUGUUGGGUUUAGUGAACGGCUGAUACUUUUGGGUAGACAGAUUCAGGGUGACGUCUAAAAAAUCUACUAUUUUCUUGUUGGCUUCGAUGGUAAUUUUUAAGCCAUGAUUGUUGAAGAUGGAACAGAUAUAUACAGGAAUAUAUUAUGUGACAUGUUGGUUGGAUGGAAAUCUAUAGGUUAUGAAUAAUGGGUAAAUUAUGUUGUGUCUAUAUUAAAGGGUGUUUUAUGGUGAAUAUGAAAAAAAUUAGAAAAAGAGUAUGGAGAGAAUGAUUGGAUAGUAUUGCACAAAAACCCAGGUCUAUUGAAGAAAGGUGAAUAAACCAGAACCACAGUAUUUUGCAGAAGUUAAGCUACUGUGGUAUUGCCAUUAUUAUCUGUUUCAAAAGAGAAACAGUCAUGAUAUCAUCAGGUUCCAAGCAUGACAAGGGAGGUGUGUUUCUAACCCACCGGUGGGUCUUGGAACAACAUGCCCAUUUGGAAGUCAUAAUAAGUGGAGUGUGACUGAAUCAGUUUUAAAAUGAUAUAGCCUUAUACUAAGUUCAUACUAAGCUCACAUAUAUCACCAACAUAUGGAACACAACUGAGCAAUGAAUACUGUCGAUUGUCAACAAAAUAUUGUAUGUAGAAUGCCCGACUGAUGUAUCAGCUGACAAUUGACUAACUGGUUGUCAUUUAUUAGAACAUAUAUAUCUUCUCGCAACCGUUUAAUGUUCUGUUUAUUAUAUGGACUUAUUCAGAGUGAGAAAAAUACACACAAAGACGACAUGUAAACAAGCAUGUGAAAGACCAGUAUAAAAGCGAUAUUUUUUUAAUUAUACAGGUAGUACAAAUGAUAGAAAAAUGUUCAUGGUCACUAUGCAUUCCUUCCAACAGCAAUGGAUGUUUUGAGCAACUUGAAGCCAAAGUUCUCCCAACCGGAUCACAGGUAGAUGGCCCUACUUUAUUGUUAUAUUCUGUCUAACACCAGAUAAUUUUACUUGUCAAGUAGAGAGUGCUGCCACUGAAUGGGUUAAUAAGUGCAAUGUCAAAACAUAACACUUUUCCAAAAGCAGCGAUGGGAUCACAAGUUUGAUAAGUACAAUGUUCAAAGGCAGGUUUCUUCUGACAGCCACAUUAGGAUCACAGUAUACUUUAGGUCUAAAAAGAAAAUACUGUCUUGGUAAUAUUUGUGUCAACACAAGCGGGUUUGGAUAGUAAAUGCUGUAAAUGUUCAAAGGUAGUUUUUCAUCCAAAAGCAGCAGGAACAUAGGUCCAAUAAAUGCAAUGUUCACAGGUAGUUUUCUUCCAACAGCAGCAAAAAUAUGGGUGUAAUAAGGCAAUGUUUAUUCAAGGUUAUUACUCUUCAGUUACUAUCAUCUUUUUGAAAUAUCUCUUUAAUCCUGUGGGCUUGAUUGUUACUACUUGUUAUCAUUUUGGUUCAGCAUUUGCUAGGUUUUUCUUUACAUUCAUACUCAAGUUAUGUUGGCGUAUCUUUUUGGAUAAUUUCCUUACGUUCAUUUUUUCCUUAUCAUCAGCUUGCCACUUUCUCUUCAUCCCUGUCUGCAGCCUUGAUUUAAGACUUCACACCAGAUUUCCUUUGAGAGAUUGAUGUUGGUUGAACACAUGUUCUUGACCCGUUGUGCACGACUGGAAUAAGGUUGCUGCUUUGCUGCUUUCCGAAAUGUACAAAUGUAUUUCCAAGCAAUGUUACAGGUGAGUGGCCAUGGCAUUUUUUUACUAUUUUUCGGUAGUAUAAUAUCCGUUUAAUGCCAACAUGAAAAAUUACGCAGCCUUUCAAUUGACCACUUGCGUAAUAGCGAUAUGCCCGCCAAGCAUGACGGUAGGAGGCUGUAGGUUGCUUUCGAACGAAAUGGCUGUCGCAUGAGCGAGCGAUUUCGUUCGGGAGGAAACAACGACGGAUUUUUUACUCUAUUCGGCUUCGAUCAAUAGCAAUUUUGUGUGGAAAAUAACGAGGGUGUUUGGCAGUGCUCAUGUAGAAAAUUUAAAGAAAUUCGGCUCAUUAGUGGCGAACAAAAUUUGUUGUGAAGAUGACCAGUUUUACACACGCCUCCCCUAAAUUCGCUCGCGAAAACUUGACCACAUCAACCAAAACAGGUGAGUUAGCUUUUCUACUGGCGAUCGGCUAAAUUUUUUUGAAAAAUAAGCCCAAUCGAUAGUUAAUCUCAUUAGAUUUCAAGGUUAUUUUAAUCCUAUAGCUUCAAAAAUGCCAUUUUUAGCUUCAUGAAAAUGACAAAUGUUAGCCAAAAUUUUGUUCGAAUUUGCCAUUGCCAGCCAUAGCCUGACAAAAUGUUUUGAAGAUGUUUUGGCGCGAAAAUAUCUGAAUUUAAAUGAGUUGUUUCUAGCUGUAACAAGAAAAUAUAAAGUUGAAAGUGUUUUUCAUCGUUUUCUGCUGUUGUUUUGUCCUCGAGCUGAAGUUUGCUUUGGUUCUUAUACUUCAUUCUAGUUCGAUAAAAUACUCGUGAGUUAAAACAUAAUAUUUACAUAUAAAUUAUUAAUUUAAAUUAGCAAAGUCUUGUAUUAAUAAAUUUUUAGCUAGCAUAUAAACAUUAGAUAGGAUUAUUUUAAUUAAAUUAAUAGGAAGUCAAUUUAAAAUUAGGUAGAUAAUAACUAUAGGAUUAAACAACUCACAUAGGGCUAAGGCUAAGCAAAUAAAAUAUUUUAAAUAAUAUAAUGGAGGGUGAAACAAGCACUUCACAUGAGGCAAACAAUGCUGAAAGUACUGAGGUCACUAGAAUAUGGAAAAGAUAUUGUUGUAUACCACAAUGUCAGAGUAAUACCAGAAAAAAUCCAGAGUUAUCAUUUCAUAAAAUACCAAAAAAUCCUGAAAUAUUACACCCGUUUUCAAAAUUACGCGACCAAGGACGAAAAUGCUAGAGUUGACAUUUUUAAGUUGUCAGUUUUAAGUCAUUCGGUCAUGAAGUUUAAACUUUGAGUUUUGCGGUUCCUUGUCGAUGUAUAUGCUUUGUAUGCUUUAUAUAAACAGACUUACAAUGAUUUUCAAGAUAUUUUAGUGAGAAUUAUUGCAAAAUUUAAGCACAGACAAAAUCAUAACAUCACCGUUAUAGUCUAGCGCGCGUGGUUUAUACUGACGAUCACUGACAGCUAAAUUCCAGGAUAAAUUGUUAUUUUUCAAACUUUAAAAGUUAUUCACGGCACCUAUUUCUGUUGUGAUGGUUUGUAUCGUGCUUUAGUUUGUAUAUCUAAGUUAUCCAACUCAUUUUUGUUCAGUUUUGGUAUUAAAUACAGUUUAAAAUGUCUUUUGACAGUUUGUUUACGUUUGCUAUUUUUAGCAGUUUUUUUGUGACAUAAAACUGACAUUUGAAGUAAGAGUAUUUUUCAGGGAGGUCGCGUAAUUUUGAAAACGGGUGUAAAGAAAAAAUGGGUACAAUUGUUGAAAAGGAAAGGCGUAAGGGACCCUGGUCCUAGUCACAGAGUAUGUUCAAAGCAUUUUGUGGAUGGCAAAAAAUCCUACGACAACACUAUUCCAACAGUCUUCACCACAUGCACAACCAGUAAACCAAACAGCUGGGGCAGCUGUAAGAAUAACAGUUGUUCCGCCUGAUCUUGAAACACCAUCCAUUGUGGAAAUACCCGAGAAUGAUAAUAACACUGAAGAUAAUAACACUGAAGAUAAUAACACUGAAGAUAAUAAUACUGAAGAUAAUAACACUGAAGAUACUAUCAAUCAACUGAAGGACAAAAUAACUCUACUUGAGACUCAGAAAACAGCUAUGCAAGCAAAAUUUGACAAAGAUGUUGAAAAUGUAAAAUGUGGUUUAUUUCGUAUUGAAAAAUUUAUAAGCAGUGACAGUGACUUUAGAUUCUACACUGGCUUUCCCAAUUAUUCAUGUUUUAAAGCUUUUUACGAUUACCUUUCACCAGCUUGUGAACAUCUUAUGUACUUUGGCACACACACCACCCCUGUAACUUCGGAAUCUCAAAACAAAUGUGGCAAACCAAGAUCCCUGUCACCAGAACAAGAAUUAUUUCUUGUUCUGGUAAGGUUACGUUUGGGGUUACUUCUCCAAGAUAUUGCACAUCGAUUUAACAUUUCAGCAAGUCAUGUGUCUCGAAUUUUUAAAACCUGGAUUAUUUAUUUACAUCACCGCCUUCGUUCCCUAUCAAUUUGGCCCAGUCGCAUAUUUAUUGACGAAAACAUGCCCCCCUGCUUUCAGCAAGCCUAUCCAAAAACCAGAGUGAUUAUUGAUUGCACUGAAAUCUUUAUUGAAAUGCCCUCAUCAUGCAGGAGUCAGUCAAUCACAUUUUCUAGUUACAAGCACCACAACACUGCAAAGGGCCUGAUUGGUAUUUCACCCAGUGGAUACCCAAGUUUUGUUUCAUGUUUAUAUGCGGGGCGCACAAGCGACAAAAAAAUUACCAACGACUGUGGCAUUCUAAAUCUGGUGGAGCCUGGAGAUGAAAUAAUGGCAGAUAGGGGAUUUGAUAUCGAGGCUGAUAUUCCAAGCGGAGUAUUGUUAAACAUUCCGCCAUUUCUAAACGGACAGCCUCAAUUAUCGGCAGAAGAUGAAGCUAAAACACACAAAAUCGCAUCAGUCAGGGUUCAUGUUGAGCGUGCAAUAGCCAGGAUAAAAAAUUACAGAAUCUUGCGCCAAGUUAUUCCAUUGACAUUGGCUGAAAACUUAGAACAAAUUUGGAGUGUUUGCUCCUACUUAACAUUGUUUUUACCGCCAAUAAUUAAGGAUAAACAAUCUUAAACUGUUGGUUCUAUUGUGAGCCUUGAAUUAUGUAGCAUUUAUAUAUCAAUGCACAAAUUAUAUCAUACUAUUUAUUACAAUUCUGGUAACAUAUAUUCAGUAUAGAAACUGCUUAGCUCUGGGACAAUUUUAUGCCAAAAGUCAAUGUCAAAAUAGAUCCUCUCAAUGUGUAGGUCAACAUUUGUAAAAACAACAAAAUCACAUCAACUAACAUUCAGUGUGGCCAUGCACCCUUGAAUUUGGUAAAAAUAAUUGUGUGAUUUUUUUAACUGUAUCUUCCCAUUAAGUUUUUGUAAACAAAAGUUUUUGUCUUUGCAUGCCUCAUCAACAGUCAUGUCUUUUUUUGAGAAUGGGCAUUUCACCUCCCCAAUACCAAAUGAGUUGGCUUCUGCCCCAUCGAACACUAAAAAAUCAGGACUGGCACCCAACCAUGGAAACCUUGAAUUUACUACAAAACCACAAUGUGCGCACACAUCAAUGUUUCCUUGUUGUUUUUUCGUUUUCUUAUAUUCCAUGAUAGCCUCACACUCCUUGUCUUUUCCCCACUGGCACGGUUUUGGGCACUUAGACCGACUAGACUUAAUGUUUGACAUUAAUGUUUUUGGGUACCUUUGCCGCCUGCGCUUAACUAUUGGACCAAAAUUUGACGAGGUGAGUCGUUUUCCACGUUCCUCAAACCACCGGUCUUUGGAUGAUUGUUCCCUAGUGUUUCGUUCAAUUUCAACUAUUUCUUCAUAUGAGGUUUUGACAGAUGAUUGUAAAUUUUUAAUGGUUUCACAUUGACAUUGUGUAACAGUUUCCUCGGCUGUUGUAGGUUGUAGGUUUUUAAAAAUUUUAUCACGAACACUAGGGUCAUUAAUGUUAAGUUGCAUUGAAUCAGUGUAUCUCUUUUUAGAUGGUAUAUCUAGAUGCAUGCUUUUGAAAGGGUAUGGCUCACAGAAGCAUUAGCCAACUUUUGAACUUCAGGUUUUGUAAUAUUCUGUGCAAAAUGUGGAAUGGGGUCAUGCAUAUUUGGGGCUUGUUGCUCGUUUUUCCUCUUUUUACCCACAACAUCUUUUUCGUAUGUGGCCUUUUUAAAUGCCAUGUUCUCAUAAAGAAACAGGCUUGUCAGAUUCAUCUUUCCUUGGUACAUGCCAUUGCUGUAGUAAUUGUGUACAAGUGGGCUUAUCAGGGAUUUCUGUCAUGUCUAAUUGUUUAUAUUCAAUUACUUGAAAUAGCAGAGCAACAACAUGUUUGCACUGCCCACCUUUCCCUGCUGUACAUGUACAGUUGCUGUGCACAACCUCCCCAUUAGCUUCAUUUAGAUGAACAUAUACAGUGUACACAUUGUUUUUCAUAGCAGCAUUUACACAGCCUUUAACUAGGAAACACGUCAUGUUGCCUUUCGUGACAUUUUUUUUAACCUUAACUUGCCCAACAUAUUUAUCUUUAAACAAUUGAUAACCUAGUUUCUUGUGUUUUUGAGCACCAGCACCAGCAUGUUCAGUUCCAAAAUGCUUAGUUAGUAACUCAUACGUAAAUGAUGGGAGGCCAUGUAAGUCCCUUGUCCACCUUUUCAAUUCUGUAGCAGCAUUGUUUGCCUCAUGUGAAGUGCUUGUUUCACCCUCCAUUAUAUUAUUUAAAAUAUUUUAUUUGCUUAGCCUUAGCCCUAUGUGAGUUGUUUAAUCCUAUAGUUAUUAUCUACCUAAUUUUAAAUUGACUUCCUAUUAAUUUAAUUAAAAUAAUCCUAUCUAAUGUUUAUAUGCUAGCUAAAAAUUUAUUAAUACAAGACUUUGCUAAUUUAAAUUAAUAAUUUAUAUGUAAAUAUUAUGUUUUAACUCACGAGUAUUUUAUCGAACUAGAAUGAAGGAUAAGAACCAAAGCAAACUUCAGCUCGAGGACAAAACAACAGCAGAAAACGAUGAAAAACACUUUCAACUUUAUAUUUUCUUGUUACAGCUAGAAACAACUCAUUUAAAUUCAGAUAUUUUUGCGCCAAAACAUCUUCAAAACAUUUUGUCAGGCUAUGGCAUAGCUGGCAAUGGCAAAUUCGAACAAAAUUUUGGCUAACAUUUGUCAUUUUCAUGAAGCUAAAAAUGGCAUUUUUGAAGCUAUAGGAUUAAAAUAACCUUGAAAUCUAAUGAGAUUAACUAUCGAUUGGGCUUAUUUUUCAAAAAAAUUUAGCCGAUCGCCAGUAGAAAAGCUAACUCACCUGUUUGGUUGAUGUGGUCAAGUUUUCGCGAGCGAAUUUAGGGGAGGUGUGUGUACAACUGGUCGUCUUCACAACAAAUUUUGUUCGCCACUAAUGAGCCGAAUUUCUUUAAAUUUUCCACAUGAGCACUGCCAAACACCCUCGUUAUUUUCCACACAAAAUUGCUAUUGAUCGAAGCCGAAUAGAGUAAAAGAUCCGUCGUUGUUUCCUCCCGAACGAAAUCGCUCGCUCAUGCGACAGCCAUUUCGUUCGAAAGCAACCUACAGCCUCCUACCGUCAUGCUUAGCGGGCAUCGCUAUUACGCAAGUGGUCAAUUGAAGGCAUUCUUGCGCGUCAUUCUCAGUCCCCUUACGUGCGCGGCCAAACUUUUUUUAUAUUUUUCUUUAUUUUCCGUAAAUCUGGUGAAAAACAGACUAGAUAUGAAUGAAAAGUUGAAUUCUGGUGUUUUGUUUGGGUUCAGUUCUAAAUUUUAAUUAUUAUUUAUUUAAAAGAUGCGAUAUUUGAGUGGAAAGAAAGCAAAAUAGCGCGGGAUUGUUGUUUUUGUAAAUGACAAGGAGUGACAAACAAAACACAAAUGUCACUCAAUCUUUCAAAAUAUCUGUAUUGCCCCUAUUGACAAGGGUUUCACACAUAUAAAUAACUCAUUAAAAUAAACAGUUUAAGUUUAUAAGACAAUCAUCAUAGUGAUUUUAUUAAAUAAAAAUAAAAAAACAAAAUUUUCUUGCAUGUAUGGAAUUAAAUUAGAUAAAAACUGGCUCGAAAAGUGCAGUUAAAAAGCAAUUUUAGGUCAGGAAAACGGACUAAAAUAAGCUAAAUAAUGGUGUGAAAACUGAAAAUCACCAUAAAAACAAGAAAGCGAAACAACCAAAGCUCAAAUAAAUUCCCUAUUUAUCAGUAAAAAUACAGAUUUAUUAAAAAAAAAAAAAAAAGUUUGAAAUUAGUGUUUAAAUUCGCAACGAAAAAUACAGAUUUACUCACACAUACAGUGGGAAAAUGCAGCAGACUGAUAGAUUAGAUGAAGGAAAUCAGGUUUACAUGAAAUAAAUAAAGUUUAUUUUCUUUUUUGCUCUUUUAAAAUGAAGAAAAACACAACCCGAGAGUCGCGGAUCCAUCACUUCCCGCCAUGAAAAUACAAAAAAUGUUUUGCCGCGCGGGUAAGGAGACUGAGAAUGACGCGCAAGAAUGGCUUCAAAAUCCGCCAUCUUUGACUUCACUUUUUGAUUACGUAACUGACUGAAGUCAGCCUUCCAUGUAUAUAGUUCACUGCAGCAAACAUGAAAAUCCGCCAUGUUUUUCCGGACACUCGUUUGACUGACGGAUAGAUAGGAGCACGUCCUCCAGUAAUAUUAUAGCUCAGUGGACCCACCCCCACCAACCCCCACCCUACACCGCGUAAAAACGUCUGCGCAUGCACCAAAUUAUGAAAAUAUGGCGGGGAAUUUGAAUAUCAAUUUUUAAAACAAAAACAUGCUUAUUAAUUGGUCAAAAAUUAGUAAAACAAACGAGAAAAUAUAGCAAAUGGGUAGACUAGACAUUAAUUGAAAGCGUCCUGGCAUUUAAAGUAUGGAAUGAAAUAUAAUUCAUGUAAAAAAGUGUUGAUUUUAACGGACACGACUUCGAAAAUUUUUGCAAAAUUAUUCAAAACAAAAAUUCAAACUAAAAAGUUAAGAAAACUCUCGAAAAGUUAAGCUUCUUAACCCACUCAAAUUGUAGAAUAAAUCCUAAAGUUUAAUUAUUGUGAACACGACAAUUUUUUAUAUUUGGCGACACAGUUUUUUUUAAAGAAAUGUAUCUCAAACGAAAAUUCGGAAAUUGUCGUUGCUUAGUUGAUAAACAAAAUGUUUCAGACGAUAAAUUUGUCAACAAUCACCUUUAGUUCAUGUUCUUGUACAAUACAAUUUCUUGAACCUUCUGGCUGUAUUUAUUCCUAGUUUUUAGAAUGACAUGUUUAUUUUUGCGCUCGAAAUCUGGCUGUAAAGACGCACAAUGAAGUCACUCCUUUUUACCGCCAUUUUGAGCCUUCGGAAACGUUCGGAACAGCUUCUCAUCAACACCGCGGAAAAACGUCUGCGCAUGCGUCAACCUUACCUGUAAUAGUAUUGCGAACUUGAUGAGAAGCUGUUCUGAACGUUUCCGAAGGCUCAAAAUGGCGGUAAAAAGGAGUGACUUCAUUGUGCGUCUUUACAGCCAGAUUUCGAGCGCAAAAAUAAACAUGUCAUCCUAAAAACUAGGAAUAAAUACAGCCAGAAGAUUCAAGAAAUUGUAUUGUACAAGAACAUGAACUAAAGGUGAUUGUUGACAAAUUUAUCGUGUGAAACAUUUUGUUUAUCAACUAAGCAACGACAAUUUCCGAAUUUUCGUUUGAGAUACAUUUCUUUAAAAAAAACUGUGUCGCCAAAUAUAAAAAAUUUUCGUGUUCACAAUAAUUAAACUUUAGGAUUUAUUCUACAAUUUAAGUGGGUUAAGAAGCUUAACUUUUCGAGAGUUUUCUUAACUUUUGAGUUUGAAUUUUUGUUUUGAAUAAUUUUGCAAAUAUUUUCGAAGUCGUGUCCGUUAAAAUCAACAAUUUUUUACAUGAAUUAUAUUUCAUUCCAUACUUUAAAAGCCAGGACGCUUUCAAUUAAUGUCUAGUCUACCCAUUUGCUAUAUUUUCUCGUUUGUUUUACUAAUUUUUGAAAUAAUAAGCAUGUUUUUGUUUUACAAAUUGAUAUUCAAAUUCCCCGCCAUAUUUUUAUAAUUUGGUGCAUGCGCAGACGUUUUUCCGCGGUGUUUAUUUUGUCCGUCCCUCGAUAUAGACAGAUCUGUAUUGUCUGUAUAUGUAUGACUGCCUUGUAAUAUUAGUGAUGCACCGAUAUCCAUAUCGGCGUAUCGGAUAUCAGUAUAUCGGCCCUAAAUUCAAUAUUUCGGUAUUUUUGUCGCCGAUAUUAUCAGUAUUGUAUUAUAGCAAAUUUACACAGUGUAUUUUUUAAAGUAUAUUUUGGAUUCCAAUUUGGUUGUAACUCAACUCAUACCCGAAUGUAUCAAUAUAAAUUGGAUAUUUAACAAUUAUUCGCCGAAGGCGAGGUGAUUAUCGGGGAAUAUUCCCCGAGCCUGAGGCGAAUAAUUGUUUUAGUAUUUUUACACAAAUCUUUUGUGUUUUUUGGGACUGAAUUUAUUUUAAUUUCGCUUAUUUCUUUAUCAGUAACUUACACAAAACGGCUAGCCACCAUUUUGCAAAUUUUGAUUUUGUUAUAUAUAGGUGAAUAUGACAGCUUAAUACUCAAAUUUGACCAAUCAACCAACUUGUAUAGGAUUUGUUAUAUUCACUUGUGCAAAAAUACUAAAUAGCCAUAUUAGAAGAUGUUAUCCAUGCAUCACUAUGUACUGUAUACAUUUGUAUACAUCAUGCAUGUGCAUGUCAGUUCAGUACCUGCAGUUUUACGUUUAAUCCUAAAUAUGGUAAAUUUCUUUCCAACAGAUGAACUGCAGCCUGAAAUAAAAUCACAACCUGUACCCAAAGGAAAGCCUGGACCUGUUCAAGUUGUAGUCGGUAGCAAUUUCGGAAAGAUUGUACUUGACGAAACAAAAGACGUUUUAAUAGAGCUUUAUGCACCUUGGUGUGGACAUUGCAAGGCAUUAGAACCGACAUAUAAAAAACUUGCUCAGAAAUACAGGGACGAGGCUAACCUUGUUAUUGCUAAGUUGGAUGCCACAGCCAAUGAUGUACCAGCUGAAUACAAAGCCAGUGGGUUCCCAACUAUUUUUUUCGCACCAAAAGGAGGUAAGUCGAAGCCUGUAAAAUACGAAGGUGCGCGGGAAUUGAGUGAUUUUGUUAAAUUCUUGGAAGAAAAUUCAACAGUUUUAUCUAAAGAGAAAGCCAAGGCAAAAGAGGAACUGUAGUUUUUAAAUUCAGUAUUGCAGUAAUGUCAGGUUGGCGUUGCAGGAGCUGUUUCGUCGGUCAUGAUUUAGUAAUUAAUAAUGUAAAUAUAUCUAUUCUAUUGAGUAUUGUUAGAGAAAUUAAAUGCUUCAAACUACUGUCCGCAGUACGAAAACAUGUCUUCUGCUAUUUAACAGUAGCAACAUGUGGUGUUCUUCAAGAGUAAAACGAUAUUAAAAAUACAGUAAGUAUGAGCAAGCAGAGCACUGACUGCAGUGUCUCAUAAAAUUCAUAAAAACUCGUCAUGGUGAUAAUUCUGAGUACAAUGGUACAGGAACGGGGCACGGCCCUCCAAAAACCAUUGUUGCUGAGCAAUUGGUUUGUUAAAACUGCCCUCAUAAAAUACAAAACAAUUCCUGCCCUAGACUUUUCUCGUAGUGCUUUCCCCGCUCCAUGCCUCUUUCCCCCAAUAAUUUGUUCGUUUCUACGCCCCUGAAAUAUUUUCGCAGGCGCUUUUGCCAGGAUGUGGAGAGAACCGAAGUAUUACAACGCCUAAUCAUAUAUACAUGGUCUUGCGCAAACUUUGCUCUCGGCACCAGCUUUGCGUCCAUAUAUUAAUUGUGUGUUUUAAGUUAGCUGCGUAUACUCACUUGUAUGCAAGUUUGUCUUUGCAUGUAAACAUUGAACAAAUGUGUUUUUGUGCCAAAAUGAAACCUCAUCAAUCAAACCUGAGAGUGCUUAUUUGCAUGCACUUACAUGCACUUGCAUGCAUGCAGCAUUUACAUAUAAUACACGUUGUCAUAGACAGAAAUAAUGUUGUCAAAAAUUUGGACAAUUGAUUGAUAGUAUCGCUUGAAAUCGCAUUAGUUGAGUUGUAUUAUUGAUCAGUUUGUUUUGUAUUUCAGGAAUUACAGUAAGGUAUACUGUUGUGUAUAUAUGCAUGCAUGUACAAUGCUCGCAGCUAGUAAGUGAGUAACCCUAGCAGCAUGAUGAGAAUUGAACCUCAGACGAAACCUUCAGACUGAGUACAAAUAGUUUGCAUAUAUAGCUGAAAGUAUGAGGCAAAUUUGAGUCAUUCAUCAGAGAUUCGAUUACUAUUAUUCAUGCGUCCACCUUUUUUUGCGUGCUUAUAAAUUGGUUAUAUAUGUCUCCAAAAUAAUUACAGUUCAUUUUCUCCAAAACGCUAACAGUAUCUUGAUAAUUAUUUUUUGUCAGGAAAGUAUUUUAAUUUAGCCCUUGCAUGUAUAAUCGAACAUCAUAAUUACAUACUCUAUAGUCUAUAGUAUAUAGGCGUCAAGUUACUGUAAGUUCAUGCACUUCGUUUUGUAUGGCCUAGAUGCAUGGGUAAUCGACAACCUAUUCACAAUUUCUCUCCGUCAAGAAUACAGAGGAAGCAUUCCAUUUACCGGAAAAAGAUAAUAGUGACAUGUAAUAAUGAAGUGUGAAGUGAAUUUAAUGAAAAUACAGAUGAUUUUGUUUAAUUAUAUAUCCCAUUCCUCGUAUGUCAGUAUAAAUGCUUUAUUCGAACUAUAUUAGUUUUUUGUGGUUCCACUGUCUGACUAGGGGGGUCGACAUACAUGAUAAAACUGCGCGCGUGUGGUUCUGAAAAAGCAAUUAAUAUUUUUAGGAGACGGGACAAAUUCAGAACCGUAUGAAAUUCAUCCGGUUCUACUUGUUUAUAUGAUGGCAAUCCAUGCACUUGACCGGCACAAUAGACAAAACCUUGCAAAUAUGAGUCCGGUUCCGAUCAUUAGUCUGAUCUCGUUAAACACAGCCUUAAGCCUAUAACCGUAAAGUUAUAGAGAGGAGGGAAACGGGAUGAAAGAGAGGAAUUGGCUGAAUUCAGGAAAUGACAAA